AUGGGGCAAUGUCUUGGAACCCUGUGCACUGUAGAUUCAGCUACAGAUAAUAUUUCCAGCGUCUAUCAGCUGGCAGGCCCAGUUGCGGUGAAAGAGAGCCCACGUAUUGCUGAACGGGACCCAAAGGUCAAAAUCUCUGUGAAUCCCGAGGAGGAAAAUGUUGAACGCCCCUGUGUACUUUACUCGAAAAGUAACGAGAUUAUCAAAAAACCGGAUAUUUUUGAGGAAAUCUACAAGCGCACACCGAUCACCCUCUCGAAUAACGGUAGAAUUGACGUUGCCGAGCUUCCCGCCGGACAACGAGUCAUUGAAGUAGAGAACAACGAGGUUCGCGACAAGUAUAAAAAAACGUUGUACGAGAUUCGGAGAAAAUGCAGGGAACUUCAGAAUUUGGGUGCUGAGGAUGAGGAAACCGGUGAAAUCAUCGAUACUCUUCUUAUUCUUUACAAGGACUUCUUCUUACUAACCACGUGGAAAAUCGAUAAGUACGCCCAGUUGAGAAAAAAUGCCGCAGUUCAAGCUUACAACUCGCUACCCAAGCUUAGAGCCGACCCCGCUGAAUUCCGAUGCCACGUGGAGUUUCAGUAUCGCGUGGCAAAUGAGCUAUGGGAGCAUUUCAAGGAGACAUAUAUCCACAAAUAUGAAGCAUGUAAUUGGGCGGAGAGGGCGAAAGUGAAGGAAUGGGAUCUUUUGGACAGCCAAGUACAGACGCCGAAUGUGGAGUGGGAUUAUCUUGGCGCGCAUGGAUAUAUAUGA